CCCCUCUUAUAUCCUUCAUCCUUACACAAUUUUCUCCACCCAUCCCCCUCCACCCUGUGGUAGCCCCACAGCUGACAGCUGAACAUACCCCAGUCUUGCCAACUAUUCUGCUGAAGGUCAGAUGACGUUCCCUUCCCCUAACCCCACUGGCUGUCUGACCCAUUAGAUUUUCCACUCCAGUAGCACAGUAGAGUACAAGUCAGGCUGUGCAGAGCACAAAAUCCAGCUAAAGCAGGACACUGAGAAAAAGAGCUUCUUCAACGGGUCCAAAGACAUCUCUUUCCAUUUUCAGAUCUGCACCAGGCAUCAGUGGGAAUCUUUAUGCCUGAAGAAGCCCCUGCAGUGACGGCAGCUAAAGAUUAAUAGGAAGAAUAACCGGAUACCCACUUUGGAGCUCUGCUGAUAAUCUGCUGCCUCAACUCUCUCCUCUAUCACAGCUUCUGGGAAGAAUCCUCCUUUCCUAGGGAUUUAAUUUCCAGCCAAGAAAAAAUUGGACCCCAACACCAUGGUUGUUAAAGACAGCUGGGAUAAUGGGGACACUCGGUUUGGGGUGCUCCUGGAGCCUUUUGUCCAUCAGGUUGGGGGGCAUGUGAGCAUGAUGAAAUAUGAUGAGCAUACCAUCUGCAAACCCCUCAUAUCUCAGGAACAGAGAUUCUAUGAGUCCCUACCCUUGGCCAUGAAGCAGUUCACACCACAGUACAAAGGCAUUGUCACUGUGCAUCUCCUGAAAGACAACAGGGGCCAUUUCAGUCUUGUUGCGAGUCCACUGUCUGAUAACCAUGGGCCCUAUGAUAUAUCACCUGAAUCUUCCAUGAUGCUACUACAGAAGUUGCAAAAGAAUGGCAGUGGCCACAACAGUGACCUUCCUCUUGUUCAGUGGAAGCAUACUCAACUGACAAAGUCUCUUAAGGAGAGCUGUCCAGGCAAAACGCUCCUGAGGACCGAAAUCCAUGUCUCCUCCUUUAUGGAAGAUACAAAUGGCAACCAGACAGAGAAGAAGAGCUGCAACCCUUGGAGACUACGCUGUCAUAAGGAACACUUGACUCGAAUGUAUUCUGAAUACCAAGAGAACAAAAUGCACCGGUUUUUGUUGCUUGAAAACGUGGUGUCAAAGUACAAGUAUCCUUGCAUUCUGGACCUAAAGAUGGGAACCAGGCAACAUGGAGAUGAUGCCUCCGAGGAAAAGAAAGCCCGUCACAUCAAAAAAUGUGAACAAAGCACCUCUGCUUCCCUUGGGGUUCGCAUUUGUGGCAUGCAGGUUUAUCAAGCUGAUUCAAACCUCUUUCUCUGCAAAGAUAAAUAUUAUGGAAGGAAACUUUCAAUUGAUGGGUUCAGGCAAGCACUCUAUCAAUUUUUGCACAAUGGCUUACAACUUCGAACAGAUCUCCUAGAACCCAUUCUCUUCCAACUCAAGGAUCUCCUUUCAGUCAUUAAGAACCAGAGUUCCUAUCGUUUCUACUCCAGUUCUCUCCUCAUCAUUUAUGAUGGACAAAUGCCCCCAGAAAGAACCACAGGAAGUCAUCACUUGCAAAAGACAAAUUGCUCCUCUCCAGAAGGACUCUUCAAAGUUGAUAUCCGUAUGAUAGACUUUGCACAUACAACUUACAAGGGCUCCCGAUACAACCACACCAUCUAUGAUGGACCAGAUCAUGGCUAUAUUUUUGGCCUAGAAAAUCUUAUCCAGAUCCUUCAGGAUAUCUCAGAGGUUAAAUAACACUUAAUGAGAUUGCAAGAACUUUGCUAGGGUACUGUUCUCAAAAAGCUAUUUCUAGCAAGAGUAAACUAUAUAUCCCUUUUUAACUACCAUGUCUGCUUAUAAGAGCUGUUUGGAAGAAGAGCUUAGGAAGCUUCUCAAAAAGGCAUGAGACUUUUAUGGGAAAAAAAUGCUAAAGAAGACAGCCAGAGGAAAACCCACAUUGAAUUAAUUCCACAUACUCUUGAAUCACAUAUAAAGCUAUUAGCACCAAGCUAGAAUUCAACUGAGCAGCUAGGAGGUACAGUGAAUAAAAUGCUGGGCCUGGAGUUAGGAAGACUCAUCUUCCUGAAUAUAUAUAAAUUCUUUUAUUUUGGAACAAAGCCUGGAAGUGAGGGGCAAAGAAGAACAAAAGUCCUUAAGAGGCACUAGGAAGCCAGAUAAAAUGUUUACAAGAUUAGGGGAUAAAUGUAAAUAUGGAGCAAGCUGCAAAAAGUUCUAAUUAAUUCCUUUCUGUAUGAAAACCUAUUACAACACCCUAUUACAGGG